GUCAUUCGCUUUCGGGCUCCAGGAGGUUGAUCUGACUCCCUCCGCGAAGAGACGGCGCGCAGGAAAGCAGUGAGAUCGAAACAUCCUGUAAAACAGAACUAACGUAAACAAAUGAAAUAUACAGCAUUUUAUUAUUGUUUGUCAGUAAAAAUCUAAAUUUUGCUACGGCUAGCUUGCAAACAGUUGCGAGUAUUUCAAUUGAGGAGCAAGUCGACGUCGGUCUGGUCAACUUGGAUAGCUAGCAGUUAGUUUACACGGCUAACGUUAGGCCUAGCGUGAAGCUAUCCACCACAGGAAAAGCAACAUACGAAGGAAUGAGUGAUGACCUCUGUUGUGGUGGCAGAUGGUGGAGGGAAUAUGGUGGAGUAUGUCACUGUCAUGGAAGAGACUGAGCAGAGUGAGGAGGGGGAGGUGGUGCAGGAGAUAGUGGAGACGGUAAUAGGGGAGGAUGGGGAGGAGUAUCCUGCUGUGGUGGUUGAGGAGGUACCCAGUGCCCAGGUGGAGCAGUGCUACGCUGCCCAGGUGCUGGUCUACGAUGACGGGACCUACCUGAUGCAGGACGUGGGAGACGAGCAGGAGGUGGUCACAGAGGUGGUGGAGACAGUAGAGGUGUCAUCACACGGGGGCACCAUGUGCUUUGAUAAGACCUUCGAAGCGGCCGAGGCCCUUCUUCACAUGGACUCCCCUAGCAGUUUCCAUGGAGACCGCAACAACACAGUGGAGGACGUGAUGAUGGAGACGGUGGUGGAGGUGUCUACAGAGUGUGAGCCCAUGGAGGAGGACAGCUUCCCUAUACCCCCCGACUACGAGCCUCCCUCAGCCAAGAAGAAGAAAGGUGGAAGGAAGUCAAAGACACAACAGCCUCAGCCUGACACCAACUGCACCAUUGACCUGGGGAUCAGGAAGAGACCCAGAGAGGGAAAAGGGAGCACCACCUACCUAUGGGAGUUCCUGUUGGAUCUCCUCCAGGACAAGAACACCUGUCCCAGGUACAUCAAGUGGAUGCAGCGGGACAAGGGCAUCUUCAAACUGGUGGACUCCAAGGCGGUUUCCAAACUGUGGGGCAAACACAAGAACAAACCUGAUAUGAACUACGAGACAAUGGGCAGAGCACUCAGGUAUUACUACCAGCGGGGGAUCUUAGCAAAGGUGGAGGGUCAGAGACUGGCUUACCAGUUUAAAGACAUGCCCAAGAAUAUCAGGGUGAUCGACGAUGACGGGGAUGAAGAGGGCGAGGAGGGUGAGGGGGAACCCUCUGAGCACCACCGGGCGGUCCAGACCCUGACCCUUGACCCUGCCACCUCCACCCAGACAAAGCAGAGCUACGUCACUGUUGUCCCCGCUGCGUCCGGCAACAGGACCAUGCGUUUGGCCAUGCCCAUGGUCAUGACGACGACGCUGGGUCAGAUGACCCUCAACUCCUCCACCGUCUUCACCACCCAGGCUCCCAUCACCCUGGGCAACGCCCACGCCAGCGGGCCCAAGCUGGUGAUCCAGACCCUGCCCACCAUGAUGCCCUCCGGGGCCAAGAGCGGAGAGAAGAUCACCAUCAUCACCAUCCCGGCGGCCCAGCUAGCUCAGCUAACGCAGGGUAACCUCUCAGCCCAGCUCUCAGGCCAGCUAGCUCAGCUCAUUCAGGCCAAACCAGUCACCCAGCUCAUUCAGGCCAAACCAGUCACCCAGCUCGUGCAGGUCAAACCAGUCACCCAGCUCAUACAGGCCAAACCAGUCACCCAGCUUGUGCAGGCCAAACCAGUCACCCAGCUCGUGCAGGCUAAACCCGCCACGCUUCAGAUAAUGCAGAAACCAGCCCCUCCGCUCAUACUAGCAAAGCCUGUGAGACAGCAGCCACCUGUGGCCUCCCCUGUAGGUAUACCACAGCCCCCUCCCUCCACUGCCAUCACCACCCCUGUACCAACCCCCACUACACCCCCUGUAAAAGAGGCCAUCUCACCCCCCACAGCCCUCCCAGAGUCCUCCCCAUCCCCUCCUUCAGCGAGCACGGAGCCCUCCCAGUCCAGCCCGGAGGACCCCUCUGCCUCGGAGUCGACCCAGAACCCAGUGGCCCCUGAAUCUUGAGAACUUGAGGCCCGAGGGCUACUGACUCCAUAUUGACACUGUUUGAAGUGGAGUCUUCACUUCCCAUCCUUCUCUCACUGGGCAGUGGAGCUGUUGGACCAUACAGAGUAGGAGAGCUCUGAACUGGACCUCAGUUGGAGCGCCUAGCUUCCAGGAAGCUAGUCUUCAAACUGGAGCUGCAGUGACCUCCGUAUCAGAAAACCAGGAAGACACGAGAGGAAAAGGGACUUUGAAUACAUACUCUUUAGAAGUUCGUUGGAACUCAAACGACGGGCAAGCCUUAGAUUGUAAAUCGAAAAUCCUUUUUUAAAAUCAAAAACAUAAUAUAAGGAAGGUCUUUGUGUAAAACCUUUUUGAUACUCUGCAGCAGGUUACGUAUGAUGUAUUCGAAGUUCGAUGCAACUGCAGUUCUUUUGUAUCAUAGUUGGAAUCUUUGCUUUGGCUUUACAUCUGACUUUGUUGGUUCCCAUUCUCAGUCUCUGUAUGGCUAUCAGGCAGUAGUACCCCGCAGCACUGUCCCGCAACACUCAAUGUUCUUUUGUGUUUCUUUUUUUUUACUGUUCAGGAAUGGGAGCGAAAGGAUGUUUGUGUCAAGAAAAGACAAAUCUAGAUAGUAUAUUCCACAUUUAUGCUAUUUUCUUGUACUCGCUGUAUUGAUGUAGAUUUAAACUGAAAUGUAUUAUAAAAACUAACAUGAAUAGAAACAUCUCGUCUCAGUCAAUGCUUGUUGGCACUGAAUCGCUUUCAAAUAGUUACAAAUAUUCAGUUGGAUCUAGUUGGUCUUGUAUACUGUACAUUUAUUGAAGCUUAGGUUUCUGUACGGCUGCAAGGCCUGGACCCUGACAAGCGUCUAAAUGGUUGCUACACAAGGGGUCUGAAAGGUGAAAACGGUCCACCGGUCAAAACACCUGUAUCCUCCUUAAACCAACCAGGUCUCGCAAUUCUCACAUUUGGUUUUACAUAAAUAGGGAAAAUUAAAACUUUUUCUGCGUUAUAUUCAUCUCCAGUAUCCACUAAAACAUCUAGAUAUGUGAA